CAAUCGACCCCGAACGCGGCCUCCAACAUGAACACCACGAACAACCCGAACAGCACGACGACGACGUCGACGAACAACCCCACCACCAGCACCAGCACCGCCAACCCGAACACCACAGCAACCACCACAGCACCCGCCGCCUCCACGACCCCGGCGCCCGCCAACCAACCGACGCAGAUCCCGUCGACCUCGCUCAAAGACAGCGGCAAGUCGCGGCGGCCGCGCGAUGUGCGGCUCAUCCACAUGCUGCUCGCCAGCCUGGGCGUGACGGCGUACCAGGAGCGGGUGCCGCUGCAGCUCCUCGACUUCGCGUACCGGUACACGUCGAGCGUGCUGCAGGACGCGGUGCACCUGGCGACGGAGGGGUACGCGGGCGCGACGACGGACACGGGCGCCGCGGCGCGCGGCCCGCCCGAGGUCAACAGCGUCAGCCUGCCGGCGCUGCGGCUCAGCAUCGCCUCCCGCCUGCACUACCAGUUCCAGUCCGGCCUGCCCAAGGAGUUCCUCAUGGAUGUCGCCGCCGAGCGCAACCGCGUCGCGCUGCCCGGCGCCAGCCGCGGCUUCGACCAGCAGGGCAACUCCAAGGUGGUCGCCGGCAGCCAGGGCAGCGUGCUGAUGGGCGGGCUGCGGCUGCCGCCCGAGCGGUUCUGCCUGACGGGCAACGGGUGGAAUCUGCGC